CAGCUGUCACCACUGAGGUAUAUUAAGAACGGCUGUCACUGUGCUCAACCCCCUUUCUUUCUCUUCUCUUCUCUCGUGCUGAGGGAACAUGGGGUUGAUCACCGGAGUUAUUGCUUUCUUUUACCACUUACCUCAAAUAUACAAAUGGCUCUUCAAGCCUUAUUACAUCUUGUCUAUAUUGAUGUCCUCCGCAUUCCUCAUACUUCGCAAGUGUCCGGGACUUUGCGAAAACCUCAACACAGAACGGGAGGACGGGAACCCAUGCGACUUUGACUGGAGAGAAGUGGAGAUUCUAAUGUUUCUCAGUGCGAUUGUCAUGAUGAAGAACAGAAGAGCCAUCACAUUAGAGCAGCAUGCAGGGAACCUGUUUAUGUUCAGUAAGGUGGCCAACGUCAUCCUCUUCUUCAGGCUGGACAUCAGACUGGGCAUCUUCUACUUCUCUCUGUGUAUUGCAUUUGUCAUGACCUGCAAACCGCCACUCUACAUGGGCCCAGAGUACAUCAAGUACUUCAGUGAAAAGACCAUAGACGAGGAGCUGAAUCAUGAUACUCGCGUGACGUGGAUCGUUGAGUUCUAUGCUAACUGGUCUCCCGAGUGCCAGUCCUUCGCCCCCGUCUUUGCCGACCUUUCCCUCAAGUAUAACUGUGCAGGACUGCGGUUUGGGAAGAUAGACGCUGGCCGGUACGGAGAGGUGGCUCAGAGGUACAAGGUUAGCACCUCCCCUCUGGCCAAGCAGCUCCCCUCAUUGGUGCUUUUCCAGUCAGGGCGGGAGGUCAUGAGACGUCCAAUGGUGGACAAUAAGUGUCGAGCAGUGUCCUGGACUUUCAGCGAGGAGAACAUCAUCCGCGAGUUCAACCUGAACGAGCUCUUCGAGGCGUCAAAGAAGAUAAAGAAGGGUCGUGGCGAGGACAACCCCUUACCACCAGAGGGCAGCGAAGAGCCUCAACCUGAACCCGACACCCCAGCAGAGAGCAAGAAAGACCAGUAGUGACAAAGGGAAACAGGGACUGGAUUGCACUACCAGUCGUACACACAGUUCACUGCUAGUCAUAUAAUCUGCCUGUGUCUGUUAUAUCGCUGUUGUAUUAUCAGACUACCAGUAUUCAAAUUAAUUCAAGACUUGGGGCAGAAUGAGMCAUCUAAAACGGAAACAUCUAACCGUCCUAAUUAUUGAUGCCUUAAAAAGGUCCAAUGCAGCAGUUCAAUAGAUUACGAUUAUUCUGCGCAACAAUUAAGUACCUAAAUUGUGAUCAAUUUAAAACAAAAUGGUAAAAAAUAAACAAAUAGCAAUUUCUCAAGCAAGAAUUUUGCUAAGACUUUCUGGGAGUGGUUUGAGUGGGGAAGGGAAAACUAGUUAUUUGUAGAGGUUUGGAACUAAUUUACCACGAUGUCACCAUGGAAGGCCAGAACUCCCUCCCAUCAAAACAGGCUGAAAUUACAGGAAUUCUUUUCAAACAGCUCCUACACUAAAAGGGCAUUAACAUUAUUUUUCCAACCUCAGUGUGGAAAAAUAUAUAAAACAGAAAAAUCAAGUUUGAUUGCACUGGGCUUUUAAAUGAUUUAAGUGAAAAUGCCUUACACUACCAUAUCACUCAUUCAUCCAUAUUAGUUAUUCAGUUCACCUGUUUUUUCAUGUCCUGCUGCUUUUUGGGUCAUAUUUUUCAAUACCAAAGAAUGAAUUCAAACGGACAGUUUGUAGGCUAUAAUCUGUUCUGCCAAAAGUUAAAUAAAACUUUUCAAUGUUCCGAGACCCCCA